UCGUCCCCCUCCUCUCAUCAGCCACGCCGCUCUCCAAAUCCCAAAACCCUAACCCACCCCCCUCCGCCGCCGCCGCCACAGCCGAAGCCAUGGGAGGAGGAGGAGGAGGCGGGCGCAAGCCCCGCAACUUCGCGACGUUCCGCCUCUUCCCGCGCGCCGGCGCCGCCGACCCCAACGACCGCGUCUUCAUCCGCGUCGACAACAACGACUACACCGUCCCCGGCUUCGCCGACGAGGAGCCCUUCGACCCCUCCCUGUCCGACCCCUCCGCCGAUGCCGACCACCUCCACUCCUCCGCCUCCGGCCCUCUCCCGGAGCACGUCCGCCGCGAGAUCCUCGAGCUCGGCCUCCCCGACGACGGCUACAACUACCUCUCCCACCUCCGCGAGCUCCGCCCCUCCGCCGCCGCGGCCGCCUCAUCAUUCGUCCCCAGCUCCACCGCCCGGCCCGAGCCUCUCCCGCUCGACGUCAAGGCGUAUGAUGCAAGCAGGGUGCGGGUUGGUCCCAGUCAGGGUGAAUUGGACGAGGGGAGGACGAUGUGCAAGGUGGCAGCCAAGACGGCGCCAGUGAGGCGGAUUGAGAAGGCCGUCGACCCUGAUGUUGCGAGAUUGCUCGAUGAGAGCGAUGUGUCACAUGCUGGGUCGGAAGAUGAAGGGCUGGAGGAGGAUUUUGUCAUCAUGGCUAAUCGUGCUGAGGGAGAGGAGUUGGAGGAGGAAGAAGAUGAUGAAGAGGAAGAUGGGAAUGGUGUGUUCAGUGAUGUGGAAGAGGAGGAGUUCUAUUUUGAAGAUGAUGAUCCAAAGCCAAGAGUGAGACGAUUGCUGGAUGAACAAUUCGAUCUGCUUGCUUUGGAAGAAUACGGAGAUAGUGAUGUUGAUGACAAAGGUGUUAAAGAUGGGGAAUAUGAACUGCCAAGUGAGGUUAUAGAUGAACUCAAAUUGUUCCACAAUCAGAAUGUAUCUGUUGACGAAGAAUACAGAACACCAGCAGAUUUUGUUCGUAGAAAACUGGACUCAAGCACAGCAGAUGAGGUGGAUGAAUCUGCACAUGUGAUAAAAAAAUGUGCUGAGUAUGCUGAAAAAUACUUGAAUGAAACUGUAGAAGAAGAGGAGGUUGUACUUGUUUCAGAAAGCAGUGAUGAAUCGGAAGUUUGGGACUGUGAGACCAUUGUUUCCACGUUCUCCAACCUUGAUAACCAUCCUGGAAAAAUUGAAACUCCAGGAAUCCCUAAAAGGCGGUUUCCUAGAGUUUUUCCUGGAGAAACUGCUACAACAAAUGAUAUCAUCAAGCUUCAUGGGAAAGAGAAACUGCCAGUAGAAUAUCUACCACAGAGGAAAAAAGGUGGUGAAAAGGAGAAGAAAGUGAAGCCUGCAGAAGUUGCUGAUAAAUUUAAAAAAGGAGCCGAGAAGGAAACAAAGGAGGAGAAGAAGGCAAGAAAGGCAGCAGUGAAAGAAGAGAAGAGAGAAGCACGGAAAGCAAAGAAAGAGCUCAAAGGCCUGUAUAAAUCUGAAACACAGAAGGCGCAGAAAGUUGCUGCUGUCACAGGACCAUCUUCCAUACGGCUCAUGUGAUGGUUGAUCUGCGGCGCAUUUCCUGAUGAGGUCGUUGCUGAAAUCCUAAAGAUUGCCAGGGGAAAACAGCAAGCUACAAAGGUUCAUCGCACCAGGUCGUCUUGUGCCAUGCUUGUGGUUUUUGUUGACAAGAUACCCAGUGCAUUGAUUAUUUAUAGUCUGUUGCAUUGUAGAGCUUUGCAUCUUCUGGAACACGGUGCUUGUUAGGAAAAAGAGAAGCAUUGUAGUACUACUAUGAAGUUAAUUGCAUGAUAAGAAUAGUUUUGUGAUCUUAUGCAGAGGUUUUGCAAGAAAUUUAGAAGAGGCAUUGUAGCAAUACUAUAAAGUUAAUUGAAUGAGAAUAUUUUGUGAGGUUAUGCAA